CGCUACAACAGAGGGGAUUUAGAACUGCUCUCCCAUCGUUUCACCUGGAGAACCUCCGCUCAUCGAGGAACCAAAUGGACGAACUGAUUCUCCCCAUCUUCUCCACACUUACGCAGAGCAGGUCGCGUAACGGAGCUAUCGGGAAUUCUCCUCAUUCAUCCUGACCGGAGUUUACAUCCCACCGCACGCCAACCUGAGUGAUGCACUGCAAAACCUGGCAAACCAAAUAUCUGGCUUGGAGCAAAAUAAUCCGGAUUCUCUUUGUAUUAUUCUUAGAGACUUUACACGCGAACUUCCCAAAUACAGACAGCAUAUAAAUGUCCCACAGGGGAGAAAAAUACACUGGAUCAUUGCUACAGCGUCAUAAGGACGCAUAUGGCUCUGUACCCAGGGCAGCCUUGGGGAACUCUGAUCACUGCUUGGUUCGUCUUAUUCCAAUAUACAGGCAGAAACAGUGAAGAGAUGGAGCAGUGAGGCAAAGCAGGAACUACAGACUGUACAAGAAUGUCUGUACUUCUGAGUCACGAACAGCUGGAACCAAAUUCCUUUGUGUCAACAGACGUGGCCAAUAAACCUGAGUCUGAUUCCAUUACAUGCACAAAUUAAUUGAAAAUGUCGUGAACUCCCUCAGUUGCUUAAUGUAAAUAUAAAAAUUAAAGAAUGCAAACUAACAGUUAUUCAUAAACUGAGACAAAUCUGUCUGACUGUAGGUUUCUGCCACCAUGCGGUGAUCUCGUGCAUGCUGCAGUUAUAAAGGAAGCGAUAUUUACAGCACAAUAUGAUGUUCAUGAUGUAUAAUGGCAGCUCAGUUCCCUUUGCCAAGGCUUUUUCUUUAAACGCUGUUCAACAACAGCAUGAUUAUUGUAUUUUCAGCCCUCGAUCUGCUUCAUAACAUGUAAAUAACAUGUACAGCUGAAUGGAAUCUCACGUUUUUCUCAAAAUACACUCACUAUGCAGUUACAGCACCCCCUGUUGUGGGGCAGGUGGUUGUCAGUGUUCACAGUUACAGCAAGCUCCUUGUACCUUCCAUCCAUGGACCUGUGCAGAGAGAGAACCAGACGUCUGUCUAACACACAGAUCUGACAGACUGACAAACAGGGACAGGCUUCAGAAUGUCAGAACUGUAUGGAAAACAGACCUUGAUAACAUUUAUCAGACAGUGUGCAUCUGAACACCACAACGUCUGCAAGUGACAUACACGUGCACAAACAUGCACAGUUUGAAUUUUAUGUUUGUGACACAAAGUGUGUGUGCAGCUUGGAGUGUGUGCUUGUGCAUGUAUGUGUUUGCUGUAACACUUUAUGUACAUCAAAUGAUAUCCAUAAGAGCAGAGAGCUGUGUGCUCAAGGCUGUUGUCAGGUUCGUAAAAAAUAAAUAAAUUAAAUGAGUGUGUAAACUGACACGGAGGAAACAUCUGGAACACAGAGCUGAGGAGGAAACAUCACUUCUACACACACACACUGUGUGUGUGUGUGUGUGUGUGUGUGUGUGUGUGUGUGUGUGUGUGUGUGUGUGUGUGUUUGUGCACUCACUGGAUCAUUAAACAGUGUGUAAAGUGAGAGGAUAAAACAGAGCAGUAAAGAUUAACCAGUUAAAGGGUGUUGUCUACAAAAUCAUCUUCUGUUUGCUCUCAGUCUCUCUUAUCUCUUCUUUCCACACACACACGUACACACACACACACACACACACACACACACAUAUGUACACACAUGUACAGUACACGUAUACACAUGUACACACAUGCACACACGUACAGACACAUAAAUGUACACACACAAGUGAGUGUGUGUGUGUGUGUGCGUGUGUGUGUGUGUCUGUGUGUGUCUGUGUGUGUGUGUGUGUGUGCCUGAGCUGUGUGCCUCAUAUUCAGGACAAUUAGACCGUUAAUUCAGAUGUAGCAUUCAGUGAAAAUCCUUUUUGGUGUCCUGUGCUAUUUAAAGCAGUGUAAAGCUCCUGUUCCACUACACACACACACACACACACACACACACACACACACACACACACACACACCCUCUUCAUGUUUUUGCUGAAUUUAACACACACAUGAUUAAUAGCUAUAAAAACUGUAAUUGGGAUUAAGGUGUUGUUCCUUUGAGGUUUGUGGUGUGUGUGGAGUUUGCACCAGAAGUGGGUGGUGUUUAUCCUCAUGGAUCAGUGGAGGCUCUGAGAAAAGCGCUUUAGUUUUCCACCUGCUGACUCCAUCACACUUCCCCCAUCUCUUCUUCUACUACACAUCUUUCACUCUCUAUCACUCCUUCUCUCUGUUCUUCAGGAAGAACGAUGAGUUCAACAGAAAACUCCGUGAAGCUUCUGCUGCUUGGUGCAGGUGAAGCAGGAAAGAGCACCAUCAUGAAGCAGAUGAAGAUCCUGUAUCAUGGUGGAUUUACAAAAGAGGAGCAACUGGAGUAUAAAUCUGUGAUUUAUGGAAACAUGUUGCAGUCAGCACUUGCCAUCGUUGCUGGAAUGGAGAAACUCCAGAUUAAAUAUGACACAGAGACAGCAAAUGAAGAUGGAAUGAAGCUACAGAAGCUAGCAGACUCGGUGGCAGAGGGGACAAUGCCAGAUGAACUGAUUAGGAUCCUGAAGAGUUUAUGGGGAGAUGGAGGAGUUCAGAAUGCUAUUGAGAGAUCAGCCGAGCAUCAGCUCAAUGAUUCUGCUGCUUACUUCUUAGGUGAUCUGGACCGGAUCUGUGCUGCUGAUUAUGUGCCUGAUGAUCUGGAUGUUCUCCAUGCUCGUAUUAAAACCAGUGAGAUAGUUGAGGAACAGUUCACCUUUAAAGAGCUCAGCUUCAGGAUGUUUGAUGCAGGUGGUCAGCGUCCUGAGAGGAGGAACUGGAUUAAAUGUUUUGAAGAUGUGACCUGCAUCAUCUUUUGUGCUGCACUGAGUGCUUAUGACCUUGCACUGGUGGAGGAUGAGGAGGUGAACCGCAUGCAUGAGAGCCUCUACCUGUUUAACAGCAUCUGCAACCAUAAAUUCUUCAGCAGCUCCUCCAUUGUCCUGUUCCUCAACAAAACCGAUAUAUUUCUUGACAAAAUCACCAAGGUGCCACUGACAGUCUGCUUUCCAGGCUACAAAGGUUUGAACACAUUUGAGGAUGCAAGUAACUUCAUCAGGCAGCAAUAUGAGGAUCUGAACACCAACAAAGAGUCAAAGCCGAUCUACACACACCUGACCUGCGCUGUGGACACGGCCAGCAUCAACAGCAGCUUCAACACUGUUACUGACAUGAUCAUCAAAAACCUGAAGGAGUGUGGACAGCUCUGAUCUCUCUCUUUCACACACACACACACACACACACACACACACACACACACACACACACACACACACACACCUCCUGUCAGGCUUGGAUGACUUCCUUUGGCAGACUCUGCUUCAGUCUUCAGUCUAAUUCAGUCCUGUGGCUUGUAGAAAAUUAUGUAUUGAUAUAUUUUAAGCAAAUAUUAUAUUAUGAAAUAAUAAAUUAGAUAAUUAUACAAAUAAACUAAGAAUUAUAUACUUAAACAUCCAUUAGACAAGGAUCAGAGCACAAUUUACACAGAAGGCAUUGCUGCACUCACUUUUGUGCUGAAUAUUUUAAAUGGUACUGAUCUGAUAUGAUGCUGUAGUGUAUCGUGGAAAAUACAAGAACCACAAACAGCUUAAAUGGCCUGUGUUCAAUAAAUGUAGAGUUCUGAG